CAUCAGAACCAAACCAAUUGCAUCUCCUUCACUUCUAGCCAGUGACCAGUCAAUCAACUAUGUCGAACUUUCUAAACUUAAGCGACUCGCAUCGGCCCGAGCAUACUGGAACGGAUCCUGCUAUCGAAUCCCGUGAAGAUCCUCUCCUCGAUUUUGGCUCAUUCAUCGACCCAGACGUCAUCUCUGACGGGCCGGAAGCCGUCGUCGACCAUGCCCCUGACGGUGAUCAACAAGGGCAAGAAACCUCAACCAACCGAGAGUCAAACAUAGAUCCAAAAUCGCCCGAGCCCCGCACUCCUCUGCACGGUGCGCCGGUUACCGGUGACCAAGACCUAGACCGGAAUCAAAAAACAUCUGAGCCGCUCCAUCCUCCGCAAAGCACGUCAAAUACUGCCGCAAUGACGGACUCUGUUAAUGUCGAGAAGCGACGAAAUCCUGCUCCGGCUAAACCUACGGCUACAGUUGCAGGGACCCCUGAUUCUGGGGCUCGACGAGUCAAGCCUGGAGCCGACCCAGCGAGUUGGUUGCCGCAGGGUUGGCGAGUUGAGGAUAGGAUGAGGAACAGCGGUGCAACAGCUGGUACGGUAGAUAAGUACUACUUUGAUCCAGUCUCGGGCUUUAAAUUUCGGUCAAAGAAAGAGGUAUUUGAAUUUUUGGAAACAGGAACUACACGUAAAAAGAGGAAAGCAAUGGAGAACCCUGAUGCUGAUAUGAAUACGUCUGGAGGCUCAGGGAAGCGUAAAAGUAAGAAAUCUGACUCAAAGGCUUUGAAUUUUGACUACAGUAAUGUUCCUGAGAAGGUCGAAUGGGUUCUUACGGAUUCAUUACAAGAUUCUUGGAGCCCAUGCAUUGGAGAUGUCAAAGUGUCUGAACCAAGUAAGCGAGAUUGGAUGGCUGCAUUCACAUUUCAAUCAACGAAAAGUGGUCGCACAAAGAUUUGAAGGCCCUGUUUCACUUCUCGUUCACCACUGACAGAUUCAUUGCUUGUACUGUGGAUGUGUUGCAUGUAGCAUGUGGUAGGGAGGGAAAAUUAGUCAAACGACGUGGAAACGAGGCAAUGUAUUAGCAGCGAAAAUCAUGCUAUUAGAAUGACCAAUGUAUUGUUUUUGGCAACGAUAGAACAUGAAGACCAGACCUUCUAGCAUCUGUAAAAUUUGACUCUGGUGCUUAUUUUUAGAUUUUAUGAUAUAAUGAUAGAUUUGAAGGAACAUUAGGUUGUGGAAUUGCUUUCUCUUGCAUCACACUCAGUAAUGCCGUAACAUUUUAUGAAA